AAAAGGGAAAAUAACAAAUGGAAAAAUAAAUAAUUUUCACUGAGAGUCAUUGAUUAAGUCUGCCAUUUAGUCACAUUAAACGACAAUUAAUUUUAUCACACACAUUCGUUUUUCUCGUACUCAGCAAAAAUUCACUUUCUAUUUUAAACUAUUAACUGGCUUUGCAAUUUGGACUCCCACACGAGGACUUAAAAAUAAAUCGAAAUAAACCAACUUUCGUUGUCUGCAAACGACAACGAAGUAACAGUAUUGAAAUUCGAAAACAAAACUGCAGAAUAUCAUGAAAGGAACAGGUUGAGCUUUCUUAAAUGUGCAACAAGCACAAAGGGGAGUAAGAUAUUCGAUUCUCAAGUUUCCAUUUAAUGGCGAUGUUUAAAAUUCCUACCGAGAAUAACCAAGUAACAGUCUAAAUAGACAAAUCCUCUCGACUGAGAACUGAUCACACUGAAAUAACUCACGAACAUUUUAUUAAGAAAACAGAACCACUGCAUCGACCUAUUAAAUUCUAAUCAUCUAUUAUACGAACGUACAACUAAACCUGCACAAAAUGUUACAAGGAAUGCUUUGAACUUUCUUAAAAACCAGGUGUAAUAGUAGAAUAAUAAGAAAGAGAUAUACGAUAUUAAUUUUUCAUAUUUUCAUGACGAUGCAUUGUGCAUAUAGAAAGAGGCGACGACGAAUACUAGAAUCGCGUCGAUUUUCCCCGUUUUGCCGACGUGAUAAUUACCAUCCACAUAAUCGCCUAUUGUUAUCGAGAAUGGCGUAGUUGAAUACUUAUCGCUCAGUUACGUAAAGACUUUUCUCUCACUUUUUUGCCUUGCUAUCGGUCAGUUCCUCGUGUUUCGCGCGUGCUUCACCACUAAACUUCUUACGCAUAAGUCGUCGAUAUUGUAUAGUAAAAUUAACAUCGGACGGUUUUAACCAAAUGUAAACGGGAAUCGAACAGGUUUUCAAAGAAUCAUGAGUGAACCGUGUAAUUUAUCAACUCCUGACUCUGUACUUCCAAUUAUUAUGCAGCGUUCGUACGAUACGAUGUCGAGAACGCCGAUGCGCCCGAUGAUAGCGGAGUACGACCCAAAGAAGCACGGCGUGAAAACAGAACUGUCUGACAUGGUUCUCGUCAAAUACAAGUGCGAGAAAAACGAUGUACCGAUUACCGUCACGAACGGCUCGACGUUGCCGCUCGUGGAACGACCUAACGACGAGGAGGCGGCCCUUUACAAUCCGUUCGAGCACAGGAAGCUAGCCCAUCCGACGUCUGACUUGGAUACACUGAUACACUUGCUCAAGGGCAGCCUGGGCACCGGCAUUCUGGCAAUGCCGAUGGCCUUCCGUAACGCCGGCCUCCUGUUCGGCUUGUUCGCCACUUUCUUCAUAGGCGCCGUCUGCACCUACUGCGUUCACAUUCUGGUGAAAUGCGCUCACGUGCUCUGCAGGCGGACCCAGACGCCCAGCUUGGGAUUCGCGGACGUCGCCGAGGCUGCGUUCCUAGUCGGUCCCGAGCCUGUACAGAAGUACGCUCGCCUCGCAAAGUAAGUGCUUUCACUACUCAUCGUCACUCAUUCAU